AUGGCAGAGAAGGACGAUGAAAUGCUAUCGGACCAGUCACCAUUUCCACCGCUUCAGCUUACAUAUGAGGAACAGCUGCAUUGUCACAAUCUUACUUUGCAAUUACUGGAGCGCACACUUCACAGCUACGACGAACGGCUUGCAGGCAUUACGCCCCGCCACCAUGCGAAUCUUGAUAGUGCUCGCUGGAAGCUGCAGAAGACGCAGAACAAUGCGUCAAUGUAUUCAGAACGUAUCCGACGUGUACGAAACGAUUUGCAAUUGCCAGAGGACAAAUGGGACGAUCCUAUGGUGCUUAUGAUGGCUGGUACAAUUUCUGCGCCCCUUGAUGAGGUCAUGCUUGGCGUUUCUAUCCCUACAUUUGAAGCAUUUAAAGUCCGAGGAGCAACCCUUGGUAACCAAAAUAUUGGUGGUGCAAUGCUUGCAAAACUGAUGGGUUCGACUGAAGAAAAGCCAUUUCAAAAUUUGUCUGUUAUGUACAUGGUGAGUCAGCUGCCGUGGCUGAUGAGCAAAGUAGUGAAACCUCGAGAUUUUUUGCUUCUUUCGGCAUCAGGAAUUGUUGUCACGGCUGAAGGCGAACGGAUAGGAUACGAUCUUUUGCAGCCCGCCCCAUUGCCGCAGUGUCCACCCCUUCCAAAACCUAUGAUUCGCGGAAAAUUCAUGCUAGGUGCUCUGUAUCGACAGAAAGUUGAUGGCUGUGUGGAUGUGUACAUCCAACAGUACUUGGAAGCUAAUGGUAAUGUAUUUGACUCGUUUGUCAUGAAUCAAACGUGGCACGCUCUUCUUGGGUUCUUUAAAAUUUCAGUUCUCGCCGAACACAAGAAACUGCAAUGGUGCAUUGCCAACAUGAAAAUCUCACGGCGAGGCAGGCUAGCAAAUGAACUUUAUGGAUACUCGAAGAAUUGCUCGCUCUGUUCUUUGGCCUUCGGACGGGCUGCACGUAGCCGCGGUAGUGACCAACAGCGUUGCAUACUUUGUCAAGCACCGGUGUGCUCGAAUUGCCGUGAAGAGAUUGUUCUUUGGGAGCUGAAACGACAUCCUAGGAAACAACAUCUGUUGGUCAAGAAACGGCGCCUGUUUACUUGUCACCCCUGUGAAGAGUUUGUUAAAAGGCAUAAAGCGACAGAUAUUGCAAGGUUUAAUGUCCAUGAACAGCUUACUCCAGCCUCGGACUCUAAUGGUGAUAGUAUUCAACAUACGUGGGGAAUUUUUCGCGGUGAGAAGAUGCCUUCGUGGUCCCCGACGAGCUCAUUAUCAAUAUCUGAUGAGUCGUUUGAGGUAUUUCGCUGGAGUGCUGAUCGCGAUUAG